AUGGAGCAAAGCUCUCUGACAGAGGAGAUCAGGAUUGAACUGGAGGAGAUUGAGGAGCAGGAGGAGGAGGAGGAGGCAUCUCUGCCGGAGCAGUAUGGAGUAAGUCCUGACCAGUUUGCGGUGGCUGUACCCGUGGAGCAGAGCGCGGGGCAGCCAGAGGAGAAAGAGGCCCAUCCCGGACCCAGAGACGGCCGUGCAUCUCUGGUCAAAGACAGAGACCCAAAGGGAAUCAAUAAAAGUCUCAAGGUCACCUUUGAAGAUGUGAUAGCAGAGCCUGUAUCAGUGCAUAGCUUUGAUAAGGUCUGGCUUUGGAGCCACGCCCUGUUUGAGGUGUCUCGACUCUGGUUCUACCGAAUCAUCUCUCUGGUGCUGGCCGUACCCGUCGCCCUAGUGGCCGGGAUCCUCUUCGCCAUCCUCAGCUGCCUCCAUAUAUGGUUGAUUGUUCCCAGUAUGCAGAUCCUCCUGAUAAACAUGCACUGGGUGAAGACGGUGUGGGCCAGUGUGUUGGACAUUGCUAUCUCUCCGUUCUUCAGCAGUGUGGGCAGAUGCUUUGGAGCCAUCAGUAUUCGUCUGGCCCAGGACUGA